AUGAACGAAAAUAUGUUCAACACAUUACUUGAAAUGGUCAAUUAUAAAAUUCAGAGACAAAACAGUGUUAUGAGGAUGGCUCUUCCAGCCAAAUUGAAAUUGCAAAUCGCUUGUCGAUAUUUAGCUACUGGAGAUUCACUAGCAACACUGCAAUACAUGUAUAGGGUUCCAAAGUGUAGUAUCAGCAAAUUUUUACCAGAAGUUUUUGAUGCUAUUUAUGAAGCAUUGAAGAAUUAUAUUGAGGUACCAAAAAACCAAAAUGAGUGGAAAAAUAUUUGA